AACUACUAUCCAAAAACAUGCGAAGAUAAUAGCUUAUCGAAUCGAGGAGAAUAGCGCUGCAAAAACUUUCGAUGAUUUAGAAAACAAUAGGCAGACUUGGUAGUAGGAGAAAUCUUAGUGAACCGUGUGAUAAUUCUGAGAUAAAUUAUUCCACUAUCAGUGUAUAAUUUAACACGUGUAACUAUUCAAUCAGAAUGUAUUAUAGUGCUUAUUUUCUACAAAUACAAUGUUAAAAAAUAAAAUCCCAGAGGAUUAAUUGUGCUUAUUAAUCGUCAUACCAGUAACUGAAUAAUUAAUGAAAAUAGACAGUGCAUGUGUUAAUUAUGGGUGGUGUGUGUGAAUAAUUGUAUUGUGUAUAGACACAGCUAGCUAUGUAGUGUUACUCGCUAUAGACAAACACACACGUGCAUUCAAUUUACAUUUCACGUGCAUAUCAUUUCUGCAACACAGUCACAAAUCAGUUCGCGACGUCAAGGAUUCCUCACAAAAAAUCAUGGCCGUUCAAUUAGAAUGGGAAAAGAAACUUUUACUUGGGACUACCGCAGGAACAGUAUUUGCUUUUUUGAUUCAAGUUGUGGCUUUAGGAACAAAUCAUUGGCUUACAUUCGAGAUUCCAAAUGGACUAUAUGUGAAUAAAACUGGCAAAUACUUAUAUGAAUCAUACAGCGGACUUUGGAGAAUAUGCAUAACUGAAUUCACAAAAAAUAACAAAGGGGAAAGAAUUUAUCAAGAAACAUGCAGAGAUCAUAAUUUAUUCCCAACAGAGAUGGAGCUUUACCAUGAUCAUACUUUAGAUAUGAAAAUAUUAGAUUAUAUGCGCACAGGGACAGCUUUCGGAAUUAUCGCCGUAACUGUUAUGGUGAUUGGUCACAUGUUUGCAUUUUAUGCCCUCAGAAGACCUAGAUACAUAGUUAAGAGACUGACAGCUUUAAUUCAUUUUAUGACAGCUGCCUGUGUGUUGGUUGAAAACGAGGUCUUUAUCAGAAGAACAGAGUAUGCAAAGACAAAGCUUCCCCUGCGACUCCCAAAAGAAGCAGAUCACUCAUACGGCUACUCCUUCGUUUUAUCUUGGAUAUGUUUUGUCAUUUUCCUGGGAGCUGGAUGUGUGUUUCUAUUUUCGUCUCAUAAAAGGAAAGCUGACAAUUUGAACGACGAAUUCGAUGAUUUAGAAAUAGAUGAACCAGUCGCAAUCAGACGAUGAUUAAAAUCCUGGUACAACUAAGUUCCGGGAAGAAAUAGUUUUUCUGUUUUUAUCAUGGCAAACAAGGAUGAAUUCCGAAAAAGGAUAACUGAUUCAAUUUUGAUUUUGAAUACAGUUUUGAUUAUAUGCAUGCAAGUCCGAAACCUGGAGUGUAAAGAAAGAACCAGAACGAAAUACGAUGCAUUUACACAGUACUGUUUCUUAAUCGUUAUUCCAAAAAAAGAGCCCUUUCAUUUUCUCAGAGACGGCAUAUUGCUGACAUCACUAACUUAUUUAUGAAAUACUUGUUGGAAGUACGGUUUCUUUGUAUUUCACUUUUCUCUGUUUCAUUUUAAAACAUCGACUACCUUUUUGUAAAUAUUCUAUGUUGUCACAGUGUCUUGCUCAAAUUUUGUUUAUAUUUCGAAUGCAAAUCUAAAUGCUCAAUUAAGUUCACAAGUUUCCAAUUAUAAAAACUCCCCGUUACGUAUCAGGAGAUAUUUGUCAUUUUGCUAAUUGACAUAAACGGUUAAUAAUUUGUGUAGGUUUUUAUAUGCUUAUGUGCUAACCAAUUCUCAAAACCAAAUGACGCAAAUCAAUGUACACAUGUAUCAAUGCCUUUUGAAAUGUUAGCUAUUUGAUAUACUUAUAUGCAUACAGUAAUGUAAAAGUAUGGAUUGCUCAACAUAAAAGUAGCCAGGUAUAAUUACGGAUUAUAAAAAAAAAUGGGAAAGAUUUGCAAAUUGUAAAUUGAAUUUUACAAAAUAUAAAAACACCCAUUUAAAAUGACAGUUUUUCAUAUAAAAUAGGUCGUAUUGCAAAUGUUGAGCAAUUUGGGGAGGUUACCGUUAACGAAGAAAAUGCGGCUUCUUUUGUGACCUAAUAGUUGUGUUGUUUUUAAUUGAUUGAAGAUUGUCGUGCUCCCCCUUUCUAAUAAGUGUUUGCAAAAACGCUUUUAAAAAUCAAGAAUUUACCACUUUCAAUGAUGAAAUAAGGGGCAUUAAAUUACGAAUCAUUACUUUACCAUCCAUCUGAGUAAACUUUCCUCUUGUUAAUUUCUUUAAUGAAAGAUCAUUAAAUUCAUAGGCAUUGAAUUUACAAUAUUUCGUAACUUGGUCAAAAUUAUACUGACGUCUUGAGUAUAGAUUUGUUUGAGAUUUUUUUUCAUAUUUACUCUUAUCCUACAACAUUUUGUGUAUUCCAUUUGUCUUCUUGGUAACAGUUUUAUUUUUUUCCCAAUUGCUAGUAUUAUAAAAUCGUUGUAUAUAAAAUGUACAUAUUUUAAUUUAAAUGCCUGUUACAUAUGUUAUUUGCACUAUUUUACAUGUAUCUAUUUUUUUUCUAUUUACCAAAGUUCACUACUUUUU